UAGGGGUCCAUGCAAGGAAUGGAAUCUUGUGCAGGCCUUGUGCAAAUCUUACGCGGCUACACCCAAUUCAAUCUUCACAGCAGUACAAAAGGAGAUCGUUUCCUUGCAGUUGUGCACAUCUGUGGGCCAUGGGUAUAAAAUAAGACUUUAUAUUGCAUACUAUGGACCCCAACAUAGUUGGAACUUGGAAAAUGCGAUAAAGGUGGUGGUGAAAUGACGACAAUGGCGAUCAUUUUAGCCUCUGUAUAAGUUGCUUAGGUUUUGGUGGACUCAAAAUUAAAAUCUAUUAUCUGGUCCAAACCCUUGUCACACAUCCUGUUUACAGUAGGUAUUGGAAUGAAGCUCGGGCAUGUUACAUCGUGCACUGGCUCUUCACUUCCAGAUUGGAAGUACUUGAGCUAUCCUUUCUUGGGGUCUGUACGGUACAAAGAAUACCUAGACAGAUGUACGAAGGGCAUUGGUUGCAGCAUUGGAAUGAUAUUCCCUUGUGGGAGAAAAGAGAAUAAAAUUGAAGGAGAGGCAGAAGAAGAAAAGCAGAAAUUCUUGGGGAAUGGAAUGCUGUAUGUAUGCCUCCGCCUCGUGCUGGUGCUGCCUGUGGACCUCUGUGGCACUGCCAUGUCGCCGCGUGACCAAAAGCGUUAAAGGCCGAAUUUGAAUACUUCCAACAUCGUUACAAUGGAAGAGGUAAACUCGGAUUUACAAAUAUGUAAAAGUGUACAUCUGCUAUUCGGAAUUGGCUUAUUGUACAAGUUCAAAUUCAUGGGAUGAAUAUUAAGAUGUCCGAAAAAAUAAGUUUGAGAUACAUUUUAUGAGUUCUAAUGCGUUCUUAUAUUUAAUUUGUAAAAAUUAAAUCUUUCCCAGUAUU